AGUCUGUUCUCUCUUGUUUCAUUCCUCAUAAAGUAUUCAGCUCAUAUCCUUCAAUUAUGAUCGACGAUUUCCAUAAAGGGCUUGAGCCUGCUUCAGUCCCACAGGAUGGCUCUGACCUCCGUAUCCUUAUCGUCCAUACUCGCUGGAACUCUGCCAUCGUCCAAGGACUGGUUGCAGGUGCAAAGAAAGCAAUGAUCGAGCAACACAAGGUCAAGCCUGAGAACAUUGUCAUUGAAUCUGUUCCCGGUGCAUACGAACUUCCAUUUGCUGCUAAGAAGCUUCUUGAGGUCUCACAGAUUCGUGCUGCGGAAGGCGCGAGUGAUUUGAUGGGUAAUGUCAAUCUCUUGGAUGGCUUAAAUCUUUCUUCGCCAACAGGAACUACUUCUGCCCCUUCAUCAGCCAAAGCCUCAACAACGGCGACCAGUAGUGCAGGCAACAAACAAGCAUUUGAUGCAGUGAUCUGUAUUGGCGUCUUGAUCAAAGGCUCGACUAUGCAUUUUGAAUAUAUCUGUGAGGCUGUGACGCAAGGAAUUAUGCGUGUCGGAUUAGAUUCAGGUGUACCAGUAAUCUUUGGGGUUCUUACCUGCUUGAACGAAGAACAGGCAUUGAGCCGUGCAGGCAUGGACAAGGAUGGCAAGGGUCAUAACCAUGGCUUGGACUGGGGUUCUGGUGCCGUAGAGAUGGCGCUUUUGAAGAGUCGUCCUCUCUAAAAAAAUCUAUUUCCCAUUCCCUUUAUUCAACUGCUUUUAUUUUUGUAAAUAGUUCUGAUAACUCAACGAAAAAUAAAUCCUGGUUAACUAAAAACGAAAC